CUUCCCCGCUUUUGCUUCGUCGACUUGAAGUCGAGGUACUCCGUCUCAAAUCCUGUCCUAUCAUACUUCCGAAGUACAUACUUGGGUACAUAUUUGGGCACAUUUUCCGGUACCCACCGCUGGGAAAUCCUUCUGUUUGCCCCGCGCGAUUAGGAUGAUGACGAGGACCUCGCUCGUCCGUUUGUCUCUCAACGCCGUUAUCAUUCUAGCCCUACUCGAGAUUGCUGCUCACCCGAUAGCAGUGACGGCCAAGAAAGCGGGUCCCCGGCGACCGCCGCCCCCUAAUCUGAAGCCGUCGUCCGAGAUCCUACCCAUGUGCAGAUCUUCAGGUGCGGUCAAUCUAACGGUUUCGCCAAAGUUCGUCGGGACCACGUGGCGAGGGUGGGGCACUUCGCUCGCUUGGUUCGCGAACUACGUCGGCGGCUUGCCGCAAAAGAAGCUGAACGAAAUGCUCGAUCUCCUCUUCACGAAAGACGGGCUAGCUCUGAACAUCGUUCGUUACAACAUCGGGGGCGGACACAACAAGAAACGCAGCCCGCAGUUUUAUCAAAUGGAGCAAACAGAUUGGCGGGGAAUGCCGGGUUUCAAGCCGACUGAGGCCGGGCCGUUCGAUUGGAGCGCGGACGAACGGCAGCGGAACGUGCUGCAGGGAGCGAAGGAGAGAGGCGCGAAUGUUUUCGAGGCGUUUUCCAACAGCCCGCCCUGGUGGAUGACCAAAUCUGGUGACGUGGCUGGCCCGCCGCUAAUAGGCCAAUCCAAUCUCAAGCAAGAGUACGAGAGCGCUUUCGCAUACUACCUGACUACCGUCGUGGAACAGUUCGCGAAGAAGUGGGGUGUGACGUUUGAUUCGCUGGAGCCGUUUAACGAAGCGUUGGAGGGGUUUUGGCAGCAGGGGAAUGCGCACGAGGGGUGCUCGUUUGACGCGCCAGCAAUGGGUCGCAUAAUCAAAUACACUUCAGACUCGUUAAAGAAAAAGGGACUUCAAACGAAGCUGGUCGGUGUGGACAGUUGGUCUCCCGCAACUGCGACGCUCUCCCAGGUGGCUAACCAUCAGCUACUAUCGCGGAUAAAUGUCCACUCAUAUAUGAACAGGUACGACGAAGACGAUGUCGCGAAGAUAUACGAGAACAAUUUCGCGAGAGUUCGCGAAACGGCGAAGCAGCUCGGGAAGGACGUCUGGGUCAGCGAAGCGGGACCGAUCGGAAAAAGCGGGAACUCCUGGGAUGUGUCGCUGUACAUGGCGCGAAACGUCAUCGAGACCGUCAAUAUCAUGGAGGCAUCGGCGUACGUGUAUUGGCAAGCGUACGAUCUGGGCUCAGGCUGGUCACUGAUCGACUUCCCCACGAAUUACAACCCCGGAUUCCAAGGCGCCAUGAAAACACCGAAGCCGAACAAGCGGUUCUGGAUGUUCAAACAUUUCACCAUGCUUGCCAAGCCUGGAUCCAAGCCGCUCAAGGUAGGUUCGGACUGCUCGCACGGCAUCAGCGCGUUCUACAACCCGGGCGACAAUCGGGUUACCGUCUUCCUAGUGAAUCAGCAGGCUAAGGAGCGGCGAGUGACGAUUAAUCUCCAAGGGUUCAGAAGAAAUGUGGGCGGGAGCACGCGAGUGGUCGUCAGGAGGACGUCUUUCGCAACAAAUCUGGGGAAGAAAGUCUACACGCGGUUUGGCGGGAAAGCGACACUUACUGUGUGGGGGCAAUCCCUCGUUUCGGUCACCUUCACUAACAUGUCUGAUUAGGGCAACGAGCUACACUUGCUAGGCGGGUAGAAUGUUAGCAUAACCAGUUGCAUUUCCCUCUAACCAUGUGAUUUGUUGUAGUAAAAAGUUGCUUUGCGAAUCUUUGUUGGACCUUUUCA